AAAAGCAUUAUAAUUAUUAGAAGAAGUUUAACAUUAGCCUCGUGUCCAGACUCCCAAAGCUUGUCGGGAUCUGGGAACGAAUCAGGGUUGCUGCGGUUACAUAAGAAUUUGCUUGCGUCAAGCAUAUAAUCUUGGAGCUUGUGGCCAAUCUAUAAUUAAAAUAUCCGGAAUCACGAAGCAAAAAAUUCCUUGAUUCUAAAUUAUUUUUCCACAUCAAUAUGUCAGAAUUUGAAAAUUCAACAAUGUCGACGCCGUAAAUCGGUUGAAACCGAAAACGUCCACAGAUCACUGAGUUUGAUUGUCAUGUUUCUGAUUAAACUUUUUUAUGUUUAAAUUUUUUUUGUUUCGGUUUUGGGUGUUUGUUUAAUGUUUUCAAUUUUUGAUGUCUAGUUUCCGAAAAACAGGAAAUACUUUAUAUGUUGUCGAAGUUUUGAUUUUAAAAAUUGGAUUCGCCGAAAAACUACCUGAAUCGACCAAGUGUUUACAGUGAUAUAGGAAAUCAGAACCUAUAUUAUAGAGCUCUUCAUUAAUAAUGUUCAGUUCUUCCAGGGUAAAGCACAACUGGUUUUUUAGUGAAACUGCAGUGUUGAGUUUCACUUUGACCACUUCUUUUCAUUGUUUUUAUCUGGAUAAAAUUGGAAAAACACCAACGAAACCGGAAAACUUAUGUCUGGCGCCGAAGCUAACUGAAGUAAGAUUGUUAAGAUUGCUACGAUCUUUAAUUAUAUAGGAUUGCUGAUCCUGCAUGCUUAAAGUUUAAACUGAUAAAGUUCUUGAUUGUUUCUGGCAAAAAUGUUGUGUUGUUGUUGUUUGCAUGAUGGCAAAAGAGGAAAAUAGACACUUCACACUGAGGAUGGUGGUUAGUAAAGGUUAAUGACAGUCUUGAGGACAGUAACCAAUUACUUCGUAUUGGUUAGAAAAAAUGGGCUAUGUACAGCAUCGUCAAGAUGUCUCCUUCGAUUUCUCGCCUCGUGGAAUUUUCCGAAAUAUAGAAGUAGAUCGGAAAUAACCAGUGAAUAUUGCUGUGUUAAGACACCGGUAUAAGUGUCUAUAUGUUUCUUGUGCAGAAGACGAUGUUCAGUUUGCGUGCAACUCAGCAGGCAACGGGCUUUACAAAAAUAUUGUAAGUGGAAAUAUAAUAACUCUUUGCGUUUUGUAAUUGGUCAUGUAAUGAUCAACCACAGCAGCAGUAAUUAAGCUCCAAAUGGCUGUAUGGAUGUGUUACUGUAGAAUCAUUUUACAAAACCCUGAGAAUUUUCUCUGAUCGGGUUCAAAAUGAUCUCAAAUUCUUAAAAUUUAUCUGCGACUCAAAAACGAAACAAGCUAUCUCCUGUUUGAGAAGUUCCAAGUUGAAGUUUAAAGUGGAACCUACGAUAGGAUGUAUAUAUUGGGCGAGUGCUUGAAAGGGGUUUACACAGUAGGGGGCAAGUUUAUGACGAGCCAAAGUCGGCGAGUUUCCUUUAGCUUGGAAGCAAUUAAACUAACAAAGAGAAGUUUACCUACGCAGACAAAAAUAAGCAGUUCGUGGCUAUUACAAGCUUUCCUCUUCAGUUGUAGAAACAAUGAACAGAAUAGUUAUACAUCAAAGGCUAUGUUAAGCGCGACUGUAGUGAUUAGCAAAGGUGAUCUGAACACCAGAUAUUCCGAUAAGCCUUCCAUCGCAAAUCUUUCAGAGCCUCCGGUAUGCUCAUCCACUGGUCGAGGUUACGAGGGCUCUGGGUGCGAGAUUGUAAUGACCUUCUACUCGACCUCGUUCCCAAGGUCUUCUCUCUCCUGCACUUUACCGAGGGAAGAAAAGAGGGGAGUUUAA